AUGGAUAUCGUCCAGGCCGUCUCUAGCUACAUCACGAAAAUGGUGUCGGUUGGAGACAGCGCAACCGGCACCGCGGGCGCGAAGAUGAAGAUACUUUUGUUAGACAAUGAGACUGUGUCCAUCGUCUCGACCGCGACAACUCAAUCCGCACUUCUCAAUCAUGAGGUGUAUCUGACCGAUCGACUCGAGAACCAGAAUCGUGAGAAGAUGCGCCAUCUGCGCUGUCUAUGCUUUGUCCGCCCUUCCUCGGGCUCUAUACAAGCAUUGAUAGAAGAGCUGCGAGAGCCAAAGUAUGGCGAAUAUCACAUUUAUUUCAGUAAUAUAAUCAAGAAGUCAGCCUUGGAACGAUUGGCCGAAGCAGACGAUCACGAGGUUGUCCGAGCUGUGCAAGAGUAUUUCGCCGACUUUCUCGUCAUAAACCCGGAUCUUUUCUCGCUCAACAUCGCCUAUCCCAUGAAUAGAAUAUGGUCUAGCUCUCCAGAUCAGUGGAACACGGACACUCUACAACGAUCUACCGAAGGCGUGCUGGCCUUGUUAUUGUCGCUCAAGAAGAAACCUCUGAUUCGAUAUCAGAAGAACAGUCCUCUGUCGAAGAAAUUGGCCACUGAAGUGCGCUACAACAUGACUCAAGAAGAUCAGCUCUUUGACUUCAGGAAGACUGAUACACCACCAAUACUUUUGAUAGUGGAUCGCAGAGAUGAUCCAGUAACACCGUUGUUAACACAAUGGACGUACCAGGCAAUGGUUCACGAGCUCAUGGGCAUACAUAACGGUAGGGUGAGCCUGGCCGAUGUUCCCGAUAUACGACCAGAACUCAACGAAAUUGUCCUCGCGCAAGAUCAGGACCCGUUCUUCAAGAAGAACAUGUAUCUCAACUUCGGAGACCUAGGGCAGAAUGCAAAAGACUACGUAGAACAAUUCGCAUCGAAAAGUCAAGGUAACCACAAACUUGACUCAAUAGCGGAUAUGAAGCGAUUCAUCGAAGAUUAUCCGGAAUUCCGAAAACUUUCGGGAAAUGUAACAAAACAUGUCACGCUCGUCGGUGAGCUGUCCCGGCGGGUUGGCGUGGAUAAUCUCCUGGACGUCAGCGAGCUGGAGCAAAGUUUAGCCUGUAAUGACAACCACAACAACGACCUAAAGACCUUACAAAGUCUCAUCCAAAAUCCCACGAUACCCCCCGACAACAAACUUCGUUUGACGGCAAUCUAUGCUUUACGCUAUGUUAAACACCCUUCUAAUUCAACACCGAUGCUUCUAGACCUCCUCUCUGUCGCCGGGAACCUCUCGAAACAACGUAUAGCCGUCAUUUCCAAGCUCCUCACCUACCACAACUCUCUACAAAAUAUCGCAGCAACGGGAGGAUCCGGUCUUCCCGAUUUAUUUCAGUCCUCGUCGUUGUUCUCUGGAGCGCGAGAUCGCUUCAAGGGAUUAAAAGGUGUCGAGAAUGUCUAUACACAACACUCGCCGCGUCUCGAAACGAUAUUGCAGGAUUUAAUCAAAGGACGCCUGCGAGAGAAUAUCUAUCCUUUCGUUGAGGGCGGAGGGAUGACCCGCGAUAAGCCACAAGACAUUGUCAUCUUCAUGGUUGGAGGUACAACAUAUGAGGAGGCAAAGAUGGUAGCCCAGGUCAAUGCAAGCAGCCCUGGAGUUCGUGUUGUCAUCGGUGGGACAACGAUUCACAAUAGCACGACGUUUUUACAAGAGGUCGAGGACGCCGUUGAGACUUGGCCGGAGCCUGGACCACAGACUGCGGAGGCGCGGUUGAGGAGAGAGAUUGGGCGAUGA